GUCGCUCGAGCUGCGACUUUGAUGAAACCUCAGCGAAUUUUCCCCCAACAUAUGAACAGACAAAUUAAAAAAUUUGAGUUUGGCUGUUGAAUCAUGGAUCAAGGCCAGUUUAGGGAUAAUGCUGUACGGUUGUCGAUUUACAGAUCAUAUCAGAACCGUAGCUAAUUUGUCUCAAGGGCAAUGGAGGGGCAGGUGGAGAUACGGACUCCCACAAAUUAGAGGUAUCUUUGACGACACUUUGAUUCCAUAUUGUAUUAUUAACAUCGCGAUGUUUCUUUCACUAGGUUGUGCUUACCCCCGAUUGCAGUCACCGCCGUAAGUCGUCCUUGGUCAUGGCGAAUGAACCAGGCAAGCCUCGCCUUGACCGCGCAGACGAUAAGACCGCCUGCUUCGUACAUUCCCUGAUCGCAGGUGAAUGGAUUUGCCCCCCGGGUCAAGCGAAGAAUGCACGAAUUGGGCUGGACGACGCAAUUGGCUUCGACGAUACCGUCGUAGAUGACGAUGGCGUCACCGUCACCGAUAUGGACGACUGGACGCCAAAGCAAUCCGAGACCAUCGUGGAGUCACGGCAGCUGACGAAAAAACAGUUGUCUGAUAUGGCAUGGAAUGUACGGAAGUUGUCCAAAAAGCUGGAUAGCAUCAAACUCAAGCUGUCUGUCAAGAAUGUCUUUGUGGUGACUAAAGCGGGCGAUGAUAGCGUGAUUGCGUUUACGAGGAAGGUCACAGAAUGGUUAUUGUCUAAAGACCGUGAUACGCAGUAUAAUGUCUACGUGGAGAGACGACUGGAGGCGGUUGCGGAUUUCGGUGCUUCUCAAUUGCUGACGGAUGAACCUUCCGCAGCAGGGCGGCUCAAGUUCUGGGACAAUAAGUUUGUGUACGAGAAUGCCUAUCUCUUUGACUUCGUCAUUACACUGGGUGGUGAUGGGACGGUUCUUUAUACGAGCUGGCUCUUCCAGCAAGUAGUACCGCCGGUCCUCUCUUUCUCACUGGGAUCAUUGGGAUUUCUAACCAAAUUCGAUUUUAAUGAUUAUCAGAAGACGCUUGGGUCCGCUUUUAAAGACGGUGUUGCCGUUAGCUUGAGGUUACGAUUCGAAUGCACAAUUAUGAGGAGUAAUGGGCGAGGAGAUGAAUCAUUAACGCACUCGAAGAAACGAGAUUUGGUGGAAGAGCUGAUCGGCGAAGAAGUUGAAGGCACGUUAACACACAAGCCGGAAAAAGUUGUUCAAAUUUUGAACGAUGUUGUCCUCGACCGGGGGCCAAAUCCCACAAUGUCCUCCAUUGAGCUGUUCGGCGACGAUGAGCAUUUUACCACUCUGCUUGCAGACGGUGUCUGUAUCGCUACACCUACGGGCUCGACAGCGUACAACUUAGCCGCUGGAGGAUCUCUGUGCCACCCUGACAACCCGGUGAUCCUGGUCACAGCGAUCUGCGCACAUACGCUGUCUUUCCGACCGAUAAUACUACCUGACACCAUCGUCCUGAGAAUGGGCGUGCCCUAUGAUGCACGUACCAGUUCGUGGGCAAGCUUCGAUGGCCGAGAAAGAGUUGAAUUGCACCCAGGUGACUACGUGACUGUUUCUGCCUCACGGUACCCAUUCGCAAAUGUGUUACCGCAAGAUCGGCGCAAUAAUGAUUGGGUGCACAGUAUUUCAAAGACAUUAAAUUGGAACUCAAGGCAAAAGCAAAGGGCUCUCAAGUAAUGAUUGAAGAGCUUGGACUCGUAUCUUUUGCAUGGAGCAUAGAUAAUGAUGAUUAUUUUGGUACGGGGUUUUGUUUACGGCGUCUGUCUUACGUGGGGUAUGCAUAUAAUCCAUUGCCUGGGAUCUUAAUCUAUGUGCGUUCUUGUGAUGAAGCAGACGAAUUUUGCAAAACUAUAUAUCUCAACAGUAUCAUAUGCAACACUUCUCUUCGAAGAUAGAUAUGUGUAUAAUAUCCUGGAAUUGAAACCCCACGAAUUCUAUGAAUAAUUAAAAACCAAUCGAGCAUUCGAUCUCGCAUGCUGUGGAG